UGUUCAGGGAAUUGAAGAAUCAGAUCACAAAAAACCCUUAAACAAUUAUUUAGCUCUCUAAAUACAACUUGGCCAACCUCUUCCACUGUUUACACAACAAAAAAUUUAGCUUUAGGCCUUGUAAUAUGUUGCACCGAUCCUGAUAAGAGUCGGAAGAAGUAAUAUUUAUUGGGAUAAAACAUUGUGUCAUAUUUGAGAAUUUAAAGUUCAUCUAAAUUCAGAAUAAUCUAAUUUACAUACUUGGAUUGGACAUAAGCUUCUAAAAAGGGCCAACAAGAAUAACAGACUAAAAUGUUUUGAAGCAAAUUAUUCUGCAUGUGUAUCAGAAGAAGCAAACAAUCAAGAGAUAGUGCAUAGUGGCAUGUCACCAUUGAACAACAAAAACAUAGUAAACAAAAUAACCAAUCUCCAUUGUCUGAGACAGCUCCAUGCACAACUGCUCCACCAUUCUCUUCACCACCAAAACCAUUGGGUGUCUUUUCUCCUUACCCAAUGCACACGCCUCCUUGCACCCUCAACCUACACCUCUCACAUUUUUCAUCUAACAACUCACCCUGAUGCACGUGUCUUCACCUCCAUGCUCAAAUACUAUUGCCAAAUUGGAAAAAAUGAAACCAUGUUCUUUCUUUCUCAUGUACUGAAAUUGGGACAUGACCGUGAUCAUUAUGUUCGAAAUGUAAUUUUGGGCAUACGUGCAAAAUAUGGACCUAUUGAGCUUGCUAGGAAACUGUUCGACGAAAUGCCUGACAGAACAGUUGCUGAUUGGAAUGUGAUGAUUUCUGGAUACUGGAAGUGGGGGGAUGAAGAGGAAGCAAGUAGGCUUUUCAAUGUGAUGGGCGAGGAGGAAAUAAGGAGGAAUGUUAUUACAUGGACCACCAUGGUUACUGGGUAUGCAAAGAAGAGGAAUUUGAAGACUGCAAGGAUGUAUUUUGACAAAAUGCCAGAAAAAAGUGUGGUAUCUUGGAAUGCAAUGCUAUCAGGAUAUGCUCAAGGUGGGGAACCACAAGAGGCUGUGAAAUUGUUCGAUAACAUGCUUAGCUCUCAAAAUGUCGAACCAAACGAAACAACAUGGGUAACUGUUAUAUCAUCUUGCUCGUCUCUUGGUGACCCUUGUCUUUUGGAGUCGAUUUUCAGAAAGCUAGAUCAUAGAAUGGGUUUCCGCUCGAAUUAUUUUGUCAUGACUGCAUUGCUUGAUAUGUACGCAAAAUGCGGGAACCUCGAGGCAGCUCACAAGAUUUUUGACCAAUUGGGUGUGUAUAAGUUCAAGAGUUCUGUUCCGUGGAAUGCCAUGAUUUCAGGUUAUUCAAGAGUAGGGAAUUUAUCUUUAGCAAGACACUUCUUUGAUAAGAUGCCACAACGAGAUAUCGUCUCGUGGAAUUCAAUGAUUGCUGGUUAUACUCAAAAUGGUGAGUCAUUGAUGGCGAUCGAGUUGUUCGAGGAAAUGAUCUCUAAUGAAGAUUCAAAACCAGAUGAGGUGACUAUGGUUAGUGUCUUUUCUGCUUGUGGACACCUUGGAGAGCUAGGUCUGGGUAAAUGGACUGUGAGCAUCCUCAAAGAAAAUCACAUCCAACUUGGCAUUUCAGGAUACAACGCUUUGAUUUUCAUGUACUCAAGAUGUGGGAGCAUGGAAGAUGCCGCAUUAAUAUUUCAAGAAAUGGCAACCAAAGAUUUAGUUUCCUACAACACAUUGAUUUCAGGAUUUGCAGAGCAUGGGCAUGGAAUGGAAAGCAUCAAGCUACUGUCAAAAAUGAAAAAUGACGGUAUUGAACCCGACCGCAUAACAUAUAUUGGUGUGCUAACUGCAUGCAGUCAUGCCGGAUUAUUGGAAGAAGGUCAAAAAGUUUUUGAAUCAAUCAAAUUUCCUGAUGUACACCACUAUGCUUGUAUGAUUGAUAUGUUGGGUCGAGUUGGUAAAUUAGAAGAAGCUAUCAAAUUGAUUCAAAGCAUGCCAAUGGAACCCCAUGCAGGAAUUUAUGGAUCUCUUUUAAAUGCUACUAGCAUUCAUAAACGAGUGGACCUUGGGGAGCUUGUUGCAGCUAAACUGUUCAAGGUCGAGCCACAUAAUUCUGGAAAUUACAUGUUGCUUGCUAACAUAUAUGCUUUAGCUGGUAGAUGGAAAGAUGUUGACAAAGUUAGGGAUACAAUGAGAAAACAAGGAGUGAAGAAAACAACUGCAUGGAGCUGGUUGGAGCAUAACUCAUAAGUUAAUUGUGGAAAAUACUACCUAUUAGUGGUGUGUGUGUGUGUGUUUAUAAAUAAUAAUUAUUCAAAUAUUAUUGUUA